AUGGAUGACAUCGACAAUAUUAUUCUGCACUCAUUGCGUCAGAUCGAUUGUGAUCUCGACGAAGAAAUACAGGGAUUGGAACAGUUUACGCCUUCUAUUUUAGUUCGAACCGUGUCAAAAUGUUUGCUGCUAAUCGAUCCUUCCCUGGAUCUGCCGCAUACACUUCCGCCCGGAAUGGCACAAAGGUUCACCGUUACUGCACAGCUAGCGGAAGCUUGCUCGACCGUGGGAUAUCGGCGAGAUAUUGGCUACCAAACGUUCCUGUACCCGAAUGUGGCCGAAGUGCGCCGUGUGUUCAUGUUUCUCAUCGAACAACUGCCCAAAGACACAACCGACGCGGCGGAUCCGGAGGCACCCUUCGAUCGGGUAACGGAUUUGGAAAAUCGUAUCUUGGAAAACAUGCGCCAGCAGUUGCGGGGUUGUUGGCGUACCGAUCCGUCCCCAUUAGAUCUCCGAAAUUCGUCACUGGGUUGGCCAAGCCGUAGCCGUACUAACAUUCCCUUCGUAACGCAAAGCGACGUUACGGCCGAAAUUAAGGAAUACUGGUUACGUCGCAGUGGAUUUUGGGAGGAGGACAAAAAUGAAGUAGAUCGACAGCUACCUGAAGCUGCCAUAAGUUCAGAGGAAUCUAUUUUAAAGUUACAAGCCUACUACGCGGAACAUAAAUCGAAAUCUCCGUUGACGGAAGAGCUGGAACAACAAGAAUCGCCCAGCAGUUUCGAUCAGCUUGAUACUCUCCAGCGAGAAAUCGCUAAAAUUAAAACGGCCAUUGAAGAGACUAAGCGCGAACAGCGAGAACUCCAGUCGAAAUGCGCGGUUGCCGGUGAGAGCGGAAAAGCCUUGGAAACGCUAACCGAAAAGUUGAAAGAGGAAAAAAAGAUUAAAGAACGAACGCACAUUCUGUUGGAGAAUCCGGAGGUGAAUGUGGCCAAGCUGGAGUUAAUUAUUUCCGCCGCCGGUGAGAAGAUGAAAAAGUUGCAAAGCCAAUGGGAAUCGCAUCGUGCACCGUUAAUGGCCACGUUGCAGGAACAUCAAGCCAAAAAUUCGGAUCAAGUCAGUAAAUCUCAAAAAGUAGUUGAUCAGAUUGAAUCCGCGCGGCACAAAUCGGAGGAAGUUAUCGUGGAUCUGCAAACGAAGAGCGCUCUACACGCGCGACUGGUGCAAGAGUAUGAGCGGAUGGGUAAAACCGUCAGUCGCACCGCAUACACGAGCCGUAUUCUGGAGAUUGUCGGCAAUAUUCGUAAGCAGAAGACGGACAUUGACAAAAUUCUACACGAUACGCGCAGUCUGCAGAAGGAAAUCAACUCAAUCACUGGACAACUCGACCGUCAGUUUACCGUAACGGAUGAUCUGAUCUUUCGGAAUGCAAAGCGGGAUGAGUACUGCAAGCGUGCCUACAUUUUACUCGUUGCUCUGCAUACCGAGUGUAGCGAACUGAUCGCACUGGUACAGGACACCGGCACCGUGAAGCGGGAAGUACGCGAGCUAGAAGAUCAGAUCGAGCACGAAAAGGAUCGAAACGUAGCAGCGAAUUUGUCUCAGAUCGAGCAAGAUUUGGAGGAAAUGCAACAGGAAAGCCGUCGGCUGGAGGAAGCCAUACUCCAGCUGGAAAUGUCCACGGCAUCGAACGGGACGAAGUAA